GAGGCUGUGCUCGCCGCAGCGGAGGACAGGGGGACCGCCGGCGAGACGGGAAGUUGCUCGCGUUUAUUCUACAGGUUGCGUGCGCCACGAGCGACCGCCGCGGAGGGGAACGCACCGGAGGAGCCGCGCGCAGCUGCCGCAGCCGCCGCCGCCGAAGCCACUGCCGGCUCCGAGCCGCCUGUUUGCUUGUUGUCGCCGGACUAACGGACGUUUCUCACUCCGAGGCUGAAGCUGCCGCAUUGCAACAGGCGGAGAAGCAGCAGCGAAGUGGAGAGAAGGAAGAAAGAAGAAGAAGGAGGAGGAGGAGGAGGAGGCGGAGGAGGAGGAGAAGAAGGACAGACGAGACCGACUUGCGUCCGCCUGCAUGGUUAGCCGAAAACGCGGAACGGAACAAACGCGCAAUUUAAAGAAGAAACAUUUGAAAUAAUAUUGAUAAUAAUAAUAAUAAUAAAGCUAGCGAACAGAACAGCAGACCAGAGAUGUCGAGACGAAAACAGGCCAAGCCUCGCUCCGUUAAAGCAGUAGAAGAAGGGGAGUCGUCUGAGUGUGGAGGAACCUGGGAUGAAUCAACUGUCCAGACAGACGUGCUGGCGUCGGACAGAGAGGCAGAUCCCAAAGAAGGCCAGGGCGCACCUGCCGAGGACGGAGAGCCGGAGGAGCACGACGAGCGCGAUGACAGAGAUCACGACGACGACAUAGACGACGAGUCCAUCUUCACCUGUGACAACUGUCAGCAGGACUUCGACUGCCUGGCCGAGCUCACCGAACACAGAACCAACCACUGCCCGGCCGACGGUGACGAUGACCCUGCGGGUCUGUCCUGGGUGCCUUCCUCACCUUCCAGUAAAGACAUUGCGUCGCCUUCCCAGUUGCCCGAUGGCUGCUGUGACCUUGGCAUGGCCACCGGUGGCGAGGAGGAGGGAGGCGCCGGCCUGCCGUACCCCUGCCAGUUCUGUGACAAGUCCUUCAGCCGUCUGAGCUACCUGAAGCGACACGAGCAGAUCCACAGCGACAAGCUGCCUUUCAAGUGCACCUUCUGCAGCCGUCUGUUCAAACACAAGCGGAGCAGAGACCGCCAUGUCAAACUCCACACAGGAGAUAAGAAGUAUAGCUGUCAGGAGUGUGAAGCUGCAUUUUCCCGCUCUGAUCACCUGAAGAUUCAUCUGAAGACACACAGCUCCAGCAAACCUUUCAAGUGCAGUGUGUGUAAACGUGGCUUCUCCUCCACCUCGUCUCUGCAGGGCCACAUGCAGGCUCAUCGGAAAAACAGAGAACACCUUGCGAUGAGGAGCGAGCGGGAUGGAGGCAGGAAGGGAGCAGGAGGAGAGGCCGACCUGGAGCAGGACCUCUACAUGUGCGAUUACUGCGAGGAGACGUUCAGCCAGACCGACGAGCUGGAGAAGCACGUCCUGACCAGACACCCGCAGCUGUCCGACCGAGCUGACCUGCAGUGCAUCCACUGUCCCGAGAUCUUUCUGGACGAGGCCUCCCUCCUCACGCAUAUUGAAACCCAGCAUGCCAACCGCAAACACAAGUGUCCCGUCUGUUCGGAACAGUUCCCCUCUGUGGAAGACGUCUACUGCCACUUAGACAGCCAUCGUCAGCCCGACUCCUCCAAUCACAGCGCUGCCAGUCCGGACCCCCCGCUGGGCAGCGUCGCCUCCAUGAGCUCGGCCACGCCAGACUCCAGCGCCAGUCUGGAAAGAGGCUCCACGCCCGACUCGACGCUGAAGCACAUCCAGGGCAGCGAGCGAGGCCGCAGGAGAGGCACCGACACCGGGGAGGACAUGGGCAUAAGCCUGGGACAUCAAGGUGGAGGUGGAGGAGGGAACUGGGGUAAAGUGACAUACUCUUGCCCCUACUGCUCAAAGAGAGACUUCCACAGUCUGGCAGUGUUGGAGAUUCAUUUGAAGACCAUCCACGCAGACAAGCCACAACAAAGCCAUACGUGUCAGCUCUGCCUGGAAACACUGCCAACGCUCUACAACCUCAACGAACACGUGCGCAAAGCUCACCGAGCCAGUGGCGGGAGCGCGGGGACGGCGGCGUCGACUUUUCCUCUGCUGCAGUUCACAAACGUCACGGCGUUUCACUGCAACUACUGUCCGGACAUGUUUGGAGACAUCAACUCUCUGCAGGAGCACAUCCGGGUGUCCCACUGCCUGCCCGGCGGCAUCAUGGCGGGAUCCACCACUUUAGAGGGGAAUCAUGCCUUCUUCUGCAACCAGUGCUCCAUGGGUUUCCUGACGGAGUCGUCGCUGACGGAACACAUCCAGCAGACACACUGCACGUCCGCUACAGGCGGCGGAUCUGCGUCUGGAGGAGCCGUGGCCAAACUGGAGUCUCCCGUCCUGCAGGCGGCAUCGCAGUCCUUCAUGGAGGUUUACUCCUGCCCUUACUGCACGAAUUCUCCUAUCUUCGGCUCACUCCUCAAGCUCACCAAGCACAUUAAGGAGAACCAUAAGAACAUCCCGCUGGCCAACAACAAACGCCAGGCCAAAGUGGCGGACCUCAGCCCCGCCUCAUCCGAUGUGGAGAUCUCCUCUCCGAAGCGCCACAGACUGGGUGGGGACUCCACGCCAUCCAUGGGGAGCAACGGAGAUUACCCGUGCAACCAGUGCGACUUACGAUUUGCCAGUUUCGAGGGCUUCCAGGCCCACCUGAAGUCACACCUGGAGAUGCUGCUGAGGCGCCAGUCCUGCCCGCAGUGCAACAAGGAGGACUUUGAGUCCCAGGAGGCUUUGCUGCAGCACCUGACGGUGCACUACACCACCACGUCGACUCAGUAUGUGUGCGAGAGUUGCGACAAGCAGUUCUCCUCGGUGGACGACCUGCAGAAGCACCUGCUGGACAUGCACACGUUCGUCCUGUACCACUGCACUCUCUGUCAGGAGGUGUUUGACUCCAAAGUCUCCAUACAGGUGCAUUUGGCAGUGAAGCAUAGCAACGAGAAGAAGCUGUUUCGCUGCACAGCUUGUGCCUGGGACUUCAGGAAAGAGACAGAUCUUCAGCUUCAUGUCAAACACAGCCACCUGGGACAGAGGUCAGGCCUUCCUGGAGGACUUGGUGCAGGACUGAAGCCCAGGAAAUGCAUCUUCUGCGGGGAGACGUUUGGAACAGAAGUGGAGCUGCAGUGUCACAUCACCACGCACAGCAAGAAGUUCACGUGUCGCUUCUGCGGCAAGGCUUUCCACGCCAUCUCCCUGCUGGAGAGACAUCUGAGAGAGAAGCACUGCGUCUUCGACGGCGGCAACAUCACCGGAAACGGAGGCGGCACAGGAAGCAGCAGCAGCCAGAACGGGACGCCCAACGGACUGGCGCAGACCUCGAAGCGUGGAGGAGGGGGUGGAGGAGGAGGAGGAGCCGGAAGUGGCAAUGGAGGCCCGGGGGGCGUGGAGAGAGCGACGGUCGCGGUGGCCGAACAGGCCGACCUGCAGAACAUGCUCCUGAAGGGCAGCGUUGUGGGAGGAGGGUCUGGCCAAGGAGGGGAAACUGCCAACAGCCACGAGGCCAGCGGGGGCGAGGAGGAGCUGGACAAUUCAGAGCCCAUGUACGCCUGCGAUAUCUGCGGCGCCGCCUACACCAUGGAGUCCCUCCUGCAGAACCACCGGCUGCGAGACCACAACAUCCGGCCAGGAGAGGACGAUGCCGGUUCUCGAAAGAAGAAGGCGGACUUCAUCAAAGGGAACCACAAGUGCAACGUGUGCUCCAGGACGUUCUUCUCGGAGAACGGGCUCCGCGAACACGCUCAGACUCACCGAGGUCCUGCCAAACACUACAUGUGCCCCAUAUGUGGCGAGCGGUUCCCCUCUCUGCUCACGCUCACCGAACACAAGGUGACCCACAGUAAAAGCCUGGACACAGGAACCUGUCGAAUCUGUAAGAUGCCCCUGCAGAGCGAGGAGGAGUUCAUCGAGCACUGUCAGAUGCACCCUGACCUCCGCAACUCCCUCACCGGCUUCCGCUGCGUCGUCUGCAUGCAGACCGUCACCUCCACCCUGGAGCUGAAGAUCCACGGAACCUUCCACAUGCAGAAGCUCUCCACCGGUUCUGCUCUUGGAGGAGCCGUAGGAGGAGGAGGAGGAGGAGGAGGAGGUGGGAAUGGAGGAGCAGGUGGGGGCAACGGCUCAGCCUCUUCAUCCCCUAAUGGGCAGCUGCAGCAGCAUAAGCUGUAUAAAUGCGCCUUCUGCCUCAAGGAGUUCAAGAACAAAGGCGAGCUGGUGAAGCUGGAUGUCAAUGGCCUGCCUUACGGCCUCUGUGCUGGUUGCAUGAGCAGGGGCACGAACGGCCAAAGUCCCAGCCUGGGAGGGGCCGCCACACCUGGAGACACGCAGGGGGAGAAGGCCAUGGUUGGGCUGAGAUGUCCAGAGUGUGGGGUGAAGUUUGAAAGCGUGGAGGACCUGGAGAGUCACGUCCAGUCGGAUCACCCCGAGGUCAGCCCCGAAACCAGCGCAGCGGGGAAGAAAGCCGAGGCUUCACCCGCGCCCAAGAAAAAGACGUACCAGUGUAUUAAAUGCCAAAUGACGUUUGAGACAGAACGAGAGAUCCAGAUUCACGUGGCGAAUCACAUGAUCGAAGAGCCCGCCUGUCGGCAAGAGGAGGGCAUCAAUCACGAGUGCAAGCUGUGUAACCAGAUGUUUGAUUCACCUGCCAAGCUGCUUUGCCACCUGAUAGAGCACAGCUUUGAAGGCAUGGGAGGUACCUUCAAGUGUCCCGUCUGCUUCACAGUGUUUGUGCAGGCCAACAAGCUCCAGCAGCACAUAUUUGCCGUUCAUGGUCAAGAAGACAAGAUCUAUGACUGUUCCCAGUGUCCACAGAAGUUCUUUUUUCAGACAGAACUACAGAACCACACACUGAGUCAGCACGCGCAGUGAGACCGGGGCCCGGCAGGAUCUCUCAGCUCAGCCGGGGCCCCCGACCCGGAGCCGGCAGGGGACCCCCAUCUCCACAUCACAGCCAAUCAAAGUGUCAUUUGCUACUCACAUGUAAAACUCUAACGAUCGCGCCACUGGGCGCGGCUAUUAGGAGCAGCGGGGGAAAGGAAUAUUAAUGGGAUAUGCUAUUAAAUAAAGAAAGGAAAAAGUGGGUGAGGGAAAACGGUAAGAGCAAGAUGAAGGAGAGAGAAGGGUGAACAAAGGUAUUGUACGUGCAGUAUUUUUUAUUGUCCCUGCCAAACCCUCCCCUACCCCACCGCUCCCUCGGACUCCCCCUCUUCCUCCUCCUCCUCCUCCUCCCUUCAGUCACUCCCCAGGUCAUGCAUUUAUUUUUUUUAACAAAUAGAAAAGAGGAAAAAAAAAAAAAACAAGAAAACACAAUUUGUUUUGGGAUUUUUUUUCAUUAGAUUGUAGAAAGAGCUCCACUUUGUUGUCCCACUCAGUUGCUUAUUUUAUUCAACUUCAUAGGUGCCAAUUUCUUUGAUUUUUCUUUAUUCCAUAUGCGCUUAUUUUCUUCGUUUUCAUUUUUGUACCUUUCAUUUCUUGCAGUAAGUAGGUACUUGUGCUGUGUUGUGAUUGUUUGCCAGUCGUAAUAUUCCUGAAUCCUCUCCCUCCAAACUAUCCUUUUUAUGAUUAUUGUUAUAUAUAUUUUUCCUUUUUGUAAUUACUAUGAGAAAAAAAAAACAAACAAAACAAACAAACAUCAAAACAAAAUAAAGUGCAGAAAACCAUACAGAUGUUUCUUUUUUUGGACUGGGUUUUCCAGUCUCUAUGGGGCCUGUAAUGGUUAUUGUAAAAAAUGAAUAUCAUCGAUUUCAGUGCGUCUGGUCAAUGACUGCUUUUUAAAUGUGAAUUAACCAGAUUGCAAUAAUCCAGUACAGAAAAAAAAGGAUAAAACAAAUAAAUAAAUGACA